AUCAAUUCAUGGAGUUGUCCAUGAACGCACCUGAAAGCAAUAACGUUACUUGCUUGCAAUGCCAUGAUUCAUGUUCGCUCAACUGAUAAAGUUAUAAUUUCCGACUGCACUUGAAUUGGACAAAAAUCUCGAAUUCCCGCCAGUUUCUGCGCGCUAGCCACUUCAAGAAGCAUAGACCAAUUUACCUUUUUAAGUCAAACUUGCAUUUUUUUUAGUCAGUAUCUAUUCAAUAUUAAACGUAGUUGAAAAAGCAAACGUCCUGGUUCUGAUAGUUUUACUAACAGUGUUGUUUAUGUCGUGAGCAGUUGAAAGACCAGAAUAUAACGUUAGCUAGUUAAGUUAUCAAUUUAGCUUACUUAAAAAAGGUUAGCUAGCUAGCUAAGUUAGUAGACCUUGGCUAAAGGCCUUUGCUGUAUGAACCAGCAGAAUCCUUUUUAUAUUCAACGUUUAACCCGUAAGUACUAGCUAGCUACAUCGAGAAUGAAAGCCGCAGAGGAUCAGGUUGUUGAAGAUGAUACUUGUUUCCAAGAUGAUGAGGAGUCCUUCUUCCAAGACAUUGACCUCCUCCAGAAACAUGGGAUUAAUGCAGCAGACAUCAAAAAGAUGAAGUUAGUGGGUAUCUGCACCGUGAAGGGGAUUCAGAUGACUACUCGCAAGGCUUUGUGCAACAUCAAGGGCCUGUCAGAGGCAAAAGUGGAAAAGAUCAAAGAGGCAGCUGGGAAAAUGCUGAAUGUUGGUUUCCAGACUGCCUUUGAGUACAGCUCAAGGAGGAAGCAGGUGUUCCACAUCACAACCGGGAGCCAGGAGUUCGAUAAACUUUUGGGUGGAGGUAUAGAGAGUAUGGCUAUCACAGAGGCCUUUGGAGAGUUCCGCACAGGGAAAACCCAGCUGUCUCACACAUUCUGUGUCACUGCUCAGCUGCCAGGCGAGGAUGGCUACUCAGGCGGGAAAGUCAUCUUCAUUGACACAGAGAACACCUUCCGCCCGGACAGACUGAAAGACAUCGCUGACAGGUUUAAUGUGGACCAUGGUGCUGUGCUGGACAACGUGCUUUACGCCCGGGCCUAUACCAGUGCGAAACAUACAGUUCAUUUAGAACAGAUAGAUAGAUUUGACGCUAUCUUUUGGCCGCAAGGUUAUAAUAUUUUGGUGUAUUCAACUUUUAGUCUUGCUCGCUCCUCAGGUGAACACCAGAUGGAGCUGUUGGACUUUGUAGCAGCCAAAUUUCAUGAGGAAGGAGGAGUGUUUAAACUAUUGAUCAUCGACUCCAUCAUGGCUCUGUUCAGAGUAGACUUUUCUGGUCGAGGCGAGCUGGCUGAGCGGCAGCAGAAACUGGCCCAGAUGCUCUCCAGGCUGCAGAAGAUCUCUGAAGAGUACAACGUAGCAGUGUUUGUCACCAACCAAAUGACAGCUGAUCCCGGUGCCGGAAUGACGUUUCAAGCUGAUCCCAAGAAGCCCAUUGGUGGGCAUAUCCUGGCCCACGCCUCCACCACCCGUAUCAGCCUGAGGAAGGGGCGUGCAGAGAUGAGAAUUGCCAAAAUAUUUGACAGUCCCGAUAUGCCUGAGAACGAGGCUACAUUUGCCAUCCUUGCUGGAGGAGUUUCUGAUGCCAAAGAGUGACGGAUAAAAGGAAGAGAGACACACAUGUUAGCAUAGACCCCUGUUCCUGUCAGUUUAAAGUUAUUUAUUUAUUUAUUUAAUUACAUUAACUUCUUCAAGUUACACUGACAAUCUUGGCCCUGGUACGAUUGAUGUAUUUAUUCUAUUUAUAUGCUGUUUUGUAGUAUUUUUCCUGUCUUUCAUAGAUAAAAUAAACACAAAAAGACAU